AUGUCUCUUUUUAGCCGAUACCUCGCUUCUUUACCUCUCUUCCCAUUCAUCUAUUUUUCACACCAUCUUCUCAACUGUUUUCUAAAUUCUUUUCAUUCUUACUCCUUGUCGAAUCGCUUCUCUUUCCUUUUCUCUCUUCGCUUUUUCCGUAUUUUCUCUUCUUCUCUUAUUUCAUCCUCUCUUUGUACAUCUUUUAAUCAUUUUUCUUUCUUUUUCGAAUUCUUUCUUUCCUUCUUUCUUUCUCUUCCUAUCUUUUUCUUUCCUUUUUUUUUAAUUAUUUCCUUUGCUUUUCUUCGUCUUUUUUCUCUCUCUUCUUUAUUUUCUUUUUCUUUCUUCCUUUUCAUUUUUUUCGUCUAUUCCCUUCAUUUUUGUUUUCCUUUUUUUAAAUUAUUCUCCUACUUUCUCUUCUUCUUUAAUCUCGCUUUUUUCGUUUCUUUUUACUCCUUGCUUUUCUUUAUUUCUUCCCUUCCUUGCUUUUUUCGUUUACCCUUUUUCACUCCCUUUUCUCUCUCUCUUUCACUUUUUACGGCUUUCUUUUCCAUUUUCAUAAAAACCGCCAUUUUUUCUUUUAUUUCACUCAUUUUCUCUUCUCGCAACUUCUUUUCUUCUCGGUCAGACUUGAAAAGACUUUCAACUAAUCAAAAGACAUCUUAA